AUGGACGUGGGGCAUACAAAGCUUACUCCAAACCGACAGCUCUAUCUUCAUGGGCUCCUCUAUGGGAAAAGACCUUUCCAUGAUCAUCAGCACAGGCUACUGCUUUCUGAUGGCAGCUCGGAGAAGAGAGUCAUUCCGGCGCUUGAAUCUAUCCACAGACUACACUCUCAAAAUAGAGUUCAGCUUUAUGAUAACAAAACAGCGAUAACAACCGUCUAUAAACCCAUCUUUAUUUUUAAUUUGACAAUCUUGCAGAUAUUGAGCUGGGUGCACCGUAAACUAAGGCAAAAUAGCAUCGAACCAUUCAAAGAAUUCACAAAUGGGAAUUCAUGUGCACACUUCUCAGCUCAGUCUUCAGCUUAUGAACAACAAUACUAUCCAAAGCCAACCUUCAGCCAUGCAAACUCAAGGCAAGUCCAAGGGGGAUGCCAAAAAGUUUCCAGUGAAGAGCUCAAUAACAAGAAAGCGGAGGAGCUUCAUGAAGAAGAUAAAUAUUUUACGAUAAAUACACCUUUUGAUGGCUUUCUCACGAUUGGAACCCUUGGAUCAGAACCGAUCGGCACAGAGCCUUCAACACCAACAUUUCCCAUGCCUUUUGAGAAAACGACCAAGGAAGAAACAGACAUAACUGAGAAUGAUUUGAAGCUUAUCAGUGAUGAGCUGGAGAAGUUCCUUCAAGCUGAAGCUAAAGAGGUGGGUGAUGAAUCACCAGAGAGAAGCAGUCAUGUUAGCAUCAUUACUCUCUGUGAAAAGCAAACUCAAGGCAUGGACACAAAAGAGUGUGGAGAUUCUGCAGUGUGUCCACUGCAGGGAUACCUUUUUAACUCUGCAAUUGAACUGCCUGAAACAAGCACACAGGUAAAGAAAGAAAGGACAUCACUGGAGCAGCUGUUUAACAGGAAUAACAUAGCACCAGAACAUUUCAAAAGUAAAUGUGAGAAAGUGGAGAACCACACCAAGGGAAUAUAUGCUAAGCGUCUAGUCAGGAAGAUGCUAAAAACACUCCAUUGCUCUUCAAAAAGCUGCGCGCCUCCAGCUGCUGAUCCUGUUCCUCCCAAGAGGAAACUCCCCAAGGUUUUAAGAAUGUUCCACAAAAAGGUCCAUCCUGAAAGAUCAACAGCAGAAGAGUUCACAAAAUCACAUGAUUGUGAAAUAGAAAAAUGUUCCAUUAAUGGUGGCUGUAACAAGGGAAAUCUGACUCUGCAGGGCCAACACAACAGAGCUUUGUUUAAUAAGGAAAUCACCAACAUCAACCCAACCAAUAAGAGGCUCAGCAGCAGUGGAUUGACACAGAAAAGGGAGCACUGGAUCAAAACUGAUGCAGACUACCUGGUGUUAGAGCUGUAGAGCAGAAGAAGCUGAAAGAAGUUGCAAUAUGCUCUCAUGCUUUUCAAGUAAGAAGUGUUCAUGUGCCAUUUAAUCUGUAUGCUGGUGACUACUUGGCUAUUUUUAAGUGAUGGAAGUGGUGAUGACAUCAAGUAAAAAGAGAAGAAUAAAAGAGGUGUCCUUCUCUCACCUCACUCAGUGUGAUUAGUUGUGGCUUUCAGGAUUAUAUUUCAGUGCUUGUACUAAAUAGCAUGAACAAAUACAAUUACUGAAAAUGUCCACUAAAUUGUUAGUACUGAUUUUUUUCUUGCUGUUAAUUAAACAAUACUCCAUUGAACAAAUAUGUUAUUGGACUAUCUAAACACAUAACAGAUCUGUCCUAGAACACAACAAGAUAGUAUU